UUGGAGGACAAUGUAUAAUUCCUACGUAUAUAUCUCUGCUUAAUUACACAAAAGAACGCAUUAUUUUUAUUAUCAUAUUAUUAGCUCAAAAAUGCAGAAAUGGUUCAUCUCUUCCUUUUGCAUAUUGUUACUGGUUUUUUUCAAACUAGCUGGAGCAAGCCAAUAUAUGUGCGCAGAAUCCAAGUGUGCCGAGGAUCAAGGCCCGGCUAUCCAUUUCCCAUUGCGCCGCAGUGGCACACAUCAUUGUGGAAAUCCUGGGCUUGAAUGCAACCAAACCUAUGAGCAGCCGAUAGUAGUAAAAUUUUUUUUCAAACACAUAAAUUACAAGAGUCAGGAAAUCCAAGUCUAUCCCUCAAGUAAUUGCCUGCUGCUAAAGCCUGUUGAAAUCCCAAACAUGCCACCCUCUCCCUUCUCUGUGUCAAUUGCUUACAUCAAUAACGUUACCUUAUUCAGUUGUGCUACUCCUAUUAUGUAUGAGUAUCAAGUCCCCUGCCUCGGCGACCCUGGCAGCAGAAUUUAUGCCGUUGAUUCUGACACGAGUUUAAAAUUUCUCAUCCCGGAUCUACGAUCUUGUUCAAAGAUGUAUGAUGUUUUAUCAGUUCCAUUUGGCAAAUGGGUGGGUAAUGGCGAUGUUCUUCAAUUCAAUUGGUCAAAACCAAAUUGUACAGAAUGUGAAGCAGAGGGAAAGAGGUGUAGAUGGAAGAAAAAUGGCGCCAACGGUGAAAUUGAAUGUCAACACGUGAGGAAACAAAGUAACACAUGGAAAUUAGUGGUUACAGGUGGAAUCCUGGGUUCUUUGCUUCUUGUUCUACUGAUGAUUGCAGCAUAUCGGGUAUAUAGCGCUGAUAGGAAGGAAAAAGAGAGUCGAUUAAGAAUUGAAAGAUUCUUGGAGGAUUACAAGGCACUCAAACCAAGCAGGUACUUGUACGCGGAUAUUAGGAGGAUUACAAAUCAAUUCAAGGACAAGUUGGGCCAAGGAGCCUAUGGAACUGUCUUCAAAGGAAAGCUCUCUUCCGAGUUCUUUAUUGCUGUCAAACUCCUCAACAGUUCUAAGGGAGAUGGGGAAGAGUUCGUAAAUGAAGUGCGAACGAUGGGCCAAAUCCACCACGUCAACGUGGCUCGCUUGGUUGGAUUUUGUGCUGAUGGAUAUGUACGAGCUCUUGUUUACGAAUUCUUCCCCAAUGGUUCCUUGCAGGAUUUCAUUUCAUCUGCAGAUAGUAAGAAUUCUUUUCUUGGUUGGGAUAAGUUGCAAGAUAUUGCACUAGGAAUAGCCAAAGGAAUUGACUAUCUUCAUCAAGGAUGCGAUCAACGAAUCCUGCAUUUCGAUAUCAAGCCCCAUAAUAUUUUGCUAGACCAAAACUUCACUCCAAAAAUUUCUGAUUUUGGUUUGGCCAAGUUAUGUUCCAAGGAUCAAAGCAUGGUGUCUAUGACUACAGCUAGGGGGACCAUGGGGUACAUUGCACCCGAAGUGUUCUCCAGGAAUUUCGGAAAUGUGUCUUACAAGGCAGACGUCUAUAGCUUUGGAAUGCUGCUGAUCGAGAUGGUAGGAGGAAGGAAGAAUAUUGGUUCAACCAUAGAGAACACCACAAAUGAAAUUUACUAUCCACAGUGGAUUUAUAAUCUUCUAGAGGAAGGGGAUGACCUACGAAUCCAUAUUGGGGAAGAAGGAGAUGGUAAAAUUCCAAAGAAACUUGCAAUUGUAGGGCUAUGGUGUAUCCAAUGGCACCCGGUGGAUCGUCUUGCCAUGAAAAUAGCGGUUCAGAUGUUAGAAGGAGAAGGAGAAAGCUUGACCAUGCCGCCUAAUCCCUUUGUGCCUACAGGUCCUACAACUAGAAAUGGGAGCAUUCCAGCAAGGCGCCUAGAGUUGGAAGCAAUUGCUGAACUAGAGUAGAUAUGUGUGUGUGUGAACACCAAUGUAUGUAAGAUUAACAUUGAACGUGCAAUCUUUCAGACCCAAAUUAAGGGAGUCUAUAUUUUUUUU